CUAUCGGGACAUUACAAUAUCAACAUCAAACAAGCAUAUAGAGAUGAAACUAAACCAUGGAAGAUGGAUGGCAGCUCUAUUAACCACAAUGCACCGAAGAAAUCAACUUGAUAUUAUUAGUGAACCUACCAGUAAGACGUACGCAAAAGAGGCUUUGGAAGAG